UGGUAGCAAAAGCCAAAACCCAAAGAUGGGAACAAAAACAAAAGUGUCUACAAUGGCGUCUUUCAUUGCCACUCUACUAGUGGCAAUAGUUGCACUAUGCUUCCCCUUGGAGACAAAUGCCAAUUACUAUUAUUCGUCUCCGCCACCACCAAAAAAAUUACAUCCACCAUCAUCUCCACCACCUCCACCCAAGAAGCCAUAUGUUUAUAAGUCACCACCACCACCACCACCACCACCGGAGAAGCCGUAUGUGUACAAGUCUCCACCACCGCCACCGAAGAAGCCAUAUGUGUACAAAUCACCUCCACCUCCUCCUCCUCCUAAGAAGCCAUGCAAGUCUCCACCAUCACCUCCACCACCCAAGAAGCCAUAUGUGUACAAAUCACCUCCACCUCCUCCUCCUCCUAAGAAGCCAUGCAAGUCUCCACCAUCACCUCCACCACCCAAGAAGCCAUAUGUGUACAAAUCACCUCCACCUCCACCUCCUCCUAAGAAGCCAUAUGAGUACAAGUCUCCACCUCCACCACCCAAGAAGCCAUAUGUAUACAAGUCACCUCCUCCCCCACCGAAGAAGCCUUAUGUGUACAAAUCACCUCCACCUCCACCCAAGAAGCCAUAUGUGUACAAGUCUCCACCUCCACCACCCAAGAAGCCAUAUGUAUACAAGUCACCUCCUCCCCCACCGAAGAAGCCUUAUGUGUACAAAUCACCUCCACCUCCACCCAAGAAGCCAUAUGUGUACAAGUCUCCACCUCCACCACCCAAGAAGCCAUAUGUAUACAAGUCACCUCCUCCCCCACCGAAGAAGCCUUAUGUGUACAAAUCACCUCCACCUCCACCCAAGAAGCCAUAUGUGUACAAGUCCUCACCUCCACCACCCAAGAAGCCAUAUGUAUACAAGUCACCUCCUCCCCCACCGAAGAAGCCUUAUGCGUACAAAUCACCUCCACCUCCUCCUAUGAAGCCAUAUGUGUACAAGUCUCCACCUCCACCACCCAAGAAGCCAUAUGUAUACAAGUCACCUCCUCCACCGAAGAAGCCUUAUGUGUAUAAGUCCCCUCCUCCACCUCCUCCAAAGAAGCCCUACGUGUACAAGUCCCCACCACCGCCACCACCUCCCAAGAAGCCCUACGUGUACAAGUCCCCUCCACCGCCACCUCCAGUUUACAAGUACAAGUCUCCUCCACCACCUCCUCCAGUGUACAAGUCUCCCCCUCCUCCUCCAGUGUAUCACCCACCACCCCACCAUUACUACUACAGUUCGCCUCCUCCUCCUCCUUACCACUACCACGAAUCAGACACCAGAUUCUAAGGGAAUAAGAAUGUUCAGCAAAAGAGUAGUUUCCGGACUGAAAGUGAUGUGAAAGCGAUGGAAGAUGAAGAAGAAGAAUAAAAUAAGCUGCGAAGGAAAAUGUGCUUCCUUAUCCAGCAUGCAUGUUCUCUUUCAGAUAGUUUUACAGUGUGUUUUAUUUACCAA